AUGGCAAUUGGUGCCACGGUUGUGCAGGUGAUGAUAAUUCUUCUGCAUUCUGGUAUAACAUCUGCAGCGGAUGGCUUGCGAGGGCAAAGAAUCGCCGGAGGAGUCUCGACGACCUUAGGGGAAUACCCGUUCGUUUUGUCCUUGGGAUUGACCUCAUGGGCAGGCGUAUAUCAUCUCCACUAUUGUGCGGGAUCUAUCCUCACAGAGAGUUGGACUAUUACAUCAGCUAAAUGCGUCGAAGAAUUUCAAGAAUUGGAACCAUCCAUUGGGGAUCAUUAUACCUUCAAUGCAAUUGUUUUUUAUCAGGUGAAAAUUCCCUUUGAAUUCUCUGCAUCGAUUCAGCCGGUGGAAUUGUGGACGUCAAUUUCGGAUGGAACACCCUCCGUAGAUUCAAAUGUGGUCGCCGUUGGUUGGGGGCAGGUUUCGCAGACUUUGAUACAACCGGAUACCCUCAAGAGCGCCGAGUUCACUAUCAUCACUGGUGACGCAUGUCGUGAGGUGUAUUCACCCUGGAUCGAAGCGAAUAUAACCGUUUACGACGAUUAUCAAUUUUGUGCUGUCUCAACUAAACGUGCUUCAGCUGAGGAAUACGUUGCUGAUGUAGCCGAAGAAGAAGAGGAAUCAACUUUUACAGGGCGUCAUGUAUCAUACAGGUCAGCCUGUCAUGGAGACGAAGGCGGACCACUGUUCCUGAUAGAUGCAGGAAUUCCAUUAUGCGUUGGAGUCGUUUCAUGGACCUACGGAUGUGAUUCUCCUGAAUAUCCGACGGUUUUUGUCAAAAUAUCAGCUUACUUUGAUUGGAUCUACGAGAGUACGGGAUACUGGAUCUAAUUAUAACUGAAGGCGAUGUGGGUAGAGCAAAAUAUCGUCCCAACUCACAAUAAAAAAUGUUAGAAACUGA